AUGCACACAGUUGGUGAUUCCAUCGACUACAAGCACAAUGAUCAUGUCACACCUGACUUUGGCAACGGCGGAUACACGUAUCUUUUGCAAUAUCAAUUCAAUGAACUGGAUGAAUCGGAGAUGCUUGAUAACUUCUUCUUUAAGUCCAGUGAAGACCGUGAAUCAUUUGAGCAAGCGAACGUUGAAUGCGGUGUGGAAUACUUCCUCGCAACUAAAUCCUACGAUGAGCGAUUGUAUCAAUUGUGCAUGAUGAUUCGAGGCGAUUGGUUCUGCAACAACCAAAACGUGUGGAAUCUCGCUGGAUUCUUUGCUCGUCAACCUCAUUCUGAUUGGUAUUUGAUGCGCAAGACCUGUUCGAUGCAAUGGAAGGAUGACUAUGAAGUCAAUGAGCCAAGGAAAACAUCCACUUUGAAGACAUUUAUGCUUUCUACACUUGAUCAGGAUUUCGAAUUGACAUUCAAGUCUGAGCGAAAGUUGGCAACACUAACUCAGCUGGUGGAAUUGACUGGUCGGACAAUUGAUGACAUGCGUUCAGCCAUGGUUGAUACAUCAUUUGAGAUCGAUGAGCUUGAGUAUUGGGCCGAAAAGUAUCUAGUGAUCGAGAACAAGCCUCAAUCGCGACUUUGA